GCGUAGGGGCGCGCUUGCGCGUGCGCACGGGUUGACUAGCCACCCGGCCACUAUCAAUCGAUCAGAGAGCGGAAGAUGGCGGUGGAUCUAGUCUGAGGGGAGAGAUCGAUCACCGAAUCACUCGAUUGAACGGGAUCAACGAAGUGUAGAAAAAAAUCGUCCAAAACACCGCCAUAAAUGACACUGGAAUAAAGCGGACUGAGACAGCGGUAACACCCAUAAGCCACCAUUAGUCUGCCUGUCUCCACAAUGGACUUCCCCUGGCACAGUGGCAAGGUUCUGGAGCAGCUGAACCACCAGCGCCAGCUGGGCCUGUUGUGCGACUGCACCUUUGUGGUGGACGGCGUGGACUUCAAGGCCCACAAGGCCGUGCUGGCUGCGUGCAGCGCCUACUUCCGCACCCUCUUUCUGGACCAGAAGGAUGUGGUACAUUUGGACAUCAGCAAUGCAGCAGGUCUGGGGCAGGUUUUGGAGUUCAUGUACACGGCUAAGCUAUGCCUGAGCCCCCAGAACGUGGAGGACGUGCUGGCCGUGGCUACGUUUCUCCAGAUGCAGGAGAUUGUCAAUGCCUGCAAGGCCUACCGGUCCCUCGCUGGUCCUCCAUCAGCUAGCGCGGGAUCAGCUCUCACUGCCGACGCGGAGAGGAUGGCGGAGAGAGGGGCGAAACGGGAGAGGGCGGCGUCGGAGGGGGGGUCCAAGGGGGAGCAGACGCUGAGCAGGGGGCCGGCGCAGGAGGAGGCGGAGGUCGUUCCGGAAGGUUCCCAGGUCUCCGGGGACGAGCCCGCCCCCGCCCCGGGGGCUGCUUCCGCGGGCGAGGUCGCCGGACCGGCGAAAACGGAGCACGACGCCGCCGGCGAGCAGAACGCUGACGACCGGCCCGCCGCGCUGCAGACCUCGCGCCCGCCGAAACCCGCCCCCGUCGCCCGUCAGAGAAAAGCGUCCGCCCCGGCUGAAGGGCCCGAGGAGAAGGAGCUAGGGACGGGCCAGACGGCACCGAAGGAAGUCCCCGAAUUUCAGGACGACCCCACCGACGUGGACUACUUGCCCAAAGUCCCGCUCAGGUCCACAGCCAGCAGUUCUUACGUAAGCACCCGCAGGGGCAGGACCAAGAGUGCAGUGAGGCCCUCUCUCUCACAGGAUGAAGACUUGGCGAGGGAGAGCAGACAGAAGGGGGACAGCGACGAGAACACAGCUGAGGACCCAGAGGACGAGGAAGACAGAGAGGAGGAAGACGGGGAAGAGGAUAUGGAGGAGGAGGAGGAGGAGGGCGAGGACAUGGAGGAGGACGAGGACACCGGGAUGGAGGAGAGCGGAGGGGAGGGGAAGCAGUCGCGGUCGGGGACGUUCGCGGACCGCAGCGAGUCCAGAGCGUACGGCUCCGUCACGCACAAGUGCGAGGACUGCGGGAAGAAGUUCACCCACACGGGGAACUUUAAGAGACACAUCCGCAUCCACACGGGAGAGAAGCCCUUCAGCUGCAGAGACUGCCACAAGGCCUUCUCUGACCCCGCCGCCUGCAAGGCCCACGAGAAAACGCACAGCCCGGUGAAGCCGUACAGCUGCGGCGCGUGCGGCAAGAGUUACCGCCAGAUCAGCCUGCUGAACCUGCACCGCAAGCGGCACACGGGGGAGGCGCGCUACAGCUGCGACGACUGCGGCAAGCUCUUCACCACGUCCGGCAACCUCAAGCGGCACCAGCUGGUGCACAGCGGCGAGAAGCCCUACCACUGCGACUACUGCGAGCGCGCCUUCUCCGACCCCACCGCCAAGAUGCGCCACCUGGAGACGCACGACACCGACAAGGGCCACAAGUGCCCGCACUGCGACAAGAGGUUCAACCAGGUGGGAAACCUGAAGGCUCACCUGAAAAUCCACAUCACAGACGGCCCCCUGAAGUGCAAGGAGUGUGGGAAGCAGUUCACCACCUCCGGUAACCUGAAGAGACACCUGCGCGUGCACAGUGGGGAGAAGCCCUACGUCUGCAUGCACUGCCAAAGGGCGUUUGCUGACCCGGGGGCGCUGCAGAGACACGUCCGAAUUCAUACAGGGGAGAAGCCAUGCCUGUGUCUCAUGUGUGGAAAGGGCUUCACCCAGGCCAGCUCCCUCAUCGCUCACGUCCGUCAGCACACGGGAGAGAAGCCCUACGUCUGCGACCGCUGUGGGAAAAGGUUUGUCCAGUCCAGCCAGCUGGCCAAUCACAUACGUCACCAUGACAACAUCCGGCCACACAAGUGUCACGUCUGCAACAAGGCCUUCGUUAAUGUCGGGGACCUCUCCAAGCACAUCAUCAUCCACACAGGGGAGAAGCCCUUCCUGUGCGACAAGUGUGGGCGGGGCUUCAACCGCGUGGACAACCUGCGCUCGCACGUGAAGACCGUUCACCAGGGCCGGGCGGGCAUGAAGCGGCUGGUGGUGUCGGGCGCCGACAGCGACGGGGGCGACGGGGGCGGCGACAGGCUGCACCCCGCGUCCACGUCCGCGUCCGAGCUGGACGACAGCGAGGUCAACAUCGUCACGGUCACCACGGACGACAUCGUCACCUUGGCGACCGAGGCCCUGGCCGCCAGCGCCGUGGCUCAGCUCACAGUGGUGCCCGUGGCUGCGUCCGUGUCUGCGGACGAGACGGAGGCUCUGAAAGCAGAAAUAACUAAAGCGGUGGAGAAGGUGCAGGAAGCGGAUCCCAACACCCAGAUCCUGUACGCCUGCGACUCGUGCGGGGAGAAGUUUCUGGACGCCAGCUCGCUGGCCCAGCACGUGCGCAUCCACACGGCCCAGGCGCUGGUCAUGUUCCAGGCCGACUCCGACUUCUACCAGCAGUACGGGGGGGAGGCCGCCUGGCAGGCCACCGAGCAGGUCAUCCAGCAGGGGGAGCUGCUGUUCCGGACGCGUGAAGGCACGGAGGGAGAGGGAGAGGGGGGGAGGAGGAGGGGGGAUGGGGGGAGGAGGGGGGGCAGGUGGAGGAGGGGGGAGGAGAAGAGAUGGCCGCCCAGGCCGAGCCGCCCCAGGCGGGGGCCGGCGGGGGGGAGGGGGCCGGGGCGGAAGCCGUAGCGGAGCCGGUGCACAUGGAGUGUGGGGGUCAAACGGAGUGAAGAGGGGCUAGAGAGUUUUAAACGGGGGUUAAUGAAAUGACGAAAUGCAUGUGGCGCUGCGAUAGUGGGGGGUGGGGGGCGGGUGAGGGGGGCUGAUGGAAUUAAGGUUUGUGGGCUCUCACCGGUGCUGAGGAAGGCGGUGUGCUUGUUGUUGGAAAAUGGUCGCCGAGUCUGGCCGCAUUUGAAAACUUUAACCCGUGUAAGGUUGAGAGACCAAUGCCGCACUCCCCUGUGGAGGCUAAACAAACACGACAUAUAAGGACAUUAUACUCAACUUUCAUCAUCAAUUCAGCCUCCUAUCGCCCAGAAUCUGCGCUCAUUGUAGAAAAGCUUUUGUCAUAAGCUCCAUAAAGGUGAGUCAUUCUGGCCACAAGUAUAGAUGUGACUAAUUUGUAUUAUUGUGUCUAUGCUGCUUUUUUUCCCCCUGUUUAUCUUUAUCCCGUCAAAUCGCAGGUUGUGUUGGCCGGAAUAGAAAACAGAAUAUUUUCUCUCCCUAAUGUUCUUAUUUAAUUAGUCACAUUUUACUGGUCCUUGCAGGAAGAGUAAAUAUUACAAAGCCAAUCGCCAGCUUAUCGCCACUCAUAUUUUUCACUUUAAGAAAACUACACGUACAGUAAAUAAUAUGUAUAAAAUGUGCAGGAGCUGAAACUGGGGUUCUGUACUUGAAUUUAUUUGCAAGGCAGUAUCAAUUUAGUGUCAAAAUAAUCCGAUCAGUUGAUCAUUUUAUCAGCGACUAAUGUGAUGAGCUUUGGUGUACAGUGCAUACAUGGUAGGGUACAGUAGCUUUCUGAACUGCCCAAGAUAUUGUAUUGUCCUAAUGUGGAUAGGCCUUGUCCAGUACUGCUAAGCUCCAGGACCCCAGGAAAACGGAACAGCUGGGGAUUUCAUUUAUUUAUCGUUCCAGAUAGCUUUAUUUUAGUCCUUAAUAGCUUUAUUUUAGUCCUUGCGUUCUUAUGUCUCUUCCUGUUACCCAUUAAGCAGAUCGUAUGAAAGCUGGGUCAACCCGGCUUGCUUUAGUGAGCGUAAAUGUUUACAUCAUGUCUUGGCACGAUGCUCGACUUGACAGGAAAUGUGUGAGAAACAUUUCUCCCCUAGAAGUCCCCCCCCCCCAGCCCCGCCCACAGAAGAUGACAUAUUAAAUCAAUACGUUAAACCCCACUUAUAGUAAACACUGGUACCAUAUUUACAUGGGCUUCCAAGGUGCAUUUUGAAGUGUUUUCGAAUGCAUGCUCUGUUUGUUUUCUAAUAAAGUAAAUGAGAAGGUGUUUUAAAAAUGCAUCAUGAUGACUGUGGGAUUAACAAUACCUCCAGUACUUUGGAAAUUGUUUUCCUGGUCUAAAUUUGUUCGCGACCGUGACAUGAAUUUUUCUGAAUUUGAGAGUGAGUCAUAGAUGGGGAGAAAGUCUUGAGUCAGGUAAAUGCGAUGCCUUUCAUAUUCACUCUCCAUAAUUUCACCAGUCAGGUAAUGGAAGACAUGUACUGCAAAUGCUAGGUUUUCAUAGGGUUUGAUAGAAGCUUUUGCAAUUCUACACCUUGCCCAUCAGUCAUCCAUAUACUGCUAAAGCUUUUUACUUCCUCUGCUAUUAGCUAUACUAAUUCUACCAACAUGAUCUCAAUAUCUGUAUUUGGAGUUUAAUUUGAUGUAUUUACUUUAAAAGCCAUACUUUUAAUGAUGUAUUGGUGAAGGGUGCCAUCCUUCUGUAAUGCCAUAACUGUAUAGGCCCCUGUGACAUAAGAUAUACACUUGAGCAUGUUUACAAAAUCAGUAUAAUGUGCACAAAGAGCUGAAGAGUAAUUUGUAAGACGCAAUGAAACACUUUGGUUAUCAUUCACAAGAUAUUAUUUAAGAAAAUAUAGUUGGAAAGAAAUAUGGAGUUUACCCUUCUCCAUAGAAAUUAUUCUUGAUGUCCAAAAAUAAUGCACUAAAUAAAUGGCAAAUAAAUUAAUUACUCAUUA